CGCUACGCGAUCUUAUUAUUACAUGUCGUUCUCCCGACCGUUAUACUUUGCUCAAGAACGCUGUAAUAAAGCGUGUUACUCCCUCAGAGAAGUCACGCUUGCAUAAAAUUUUUACUGGUCUACAGCUAGGUUCUAGUAAGCCAUCCGCGCUAUUGCUGGAGAUGCGUGGUCUUCUUCAAGGACUGCAUAUGGACGAGUCGCUGCUUCGAGAGUUAUGGCUUCAGCGUUUGCCUGAAAACGUACAAGCUAUGCUAUCGCUUGCGAAAUCGCAGCCUUUGUCAGAAGUUGCAGAUAUUGCUGAUGAUAUGAUGGAUCGCUUCACCGGACCACCGUGUCCGUCGUCUAGUUCUCUUCGCUCACCUGACGUAGAUUUCACUGUUGACCCUUCGGUCCAGACCAUCGACACCACCACUCCACCUUCCACUGGUGAGCUCUUAACAAAGAUAGCCGCGCUACGGCAAGAAGUUCAAAGCUUAAAGUUACAUCGGCACCAACGGGAUUCUCCAUCCCGUUCCCCUAGCCCAUCUGGAAGACGAACACGACGCCCAAUUUGCCGUUAUCACGCACGUUUUGGAAGUUCCGCUAGAAAUUGUAUAAAACCAUGCUCAUUUCCCGUAACGAGAAAAAGGACAGGCCGACACGUAUUGGCGACGAACGCCGUCGGCCGAAGUCGUCCAAGUCGCCUCUUCAAUAUCGUUGAUAGGAACACCGGGAUCAUGUUCCUGGUUGAUACCGCGGCGGAAGUUAGCGUGAUCCCACCGGUUCCAGGCGACACGACUAAGCCACAGACAACUAACUUGAGUGCCGCUAACGGCACUGCUAUUCGAGUCUUCGGUCAACGCUCUCUUACCAUUGACCUCGGACUACGACGUCCCUUUCGAUGGAUUUUCACCAUCGCUGCCGUUCCAUUUGCUAUAUUGGGUAUUGACUUCCUCCAACACUUCGAUCUUCUCGUCGAUGCGCGUCAUCGCAAACUCGUUGACCAAAAGACCCAGCUUUUCACAUGUGGAGUUAGCACACCUUGUGUUUCUGUCACUCCCAUUUACAUCCAGCCUGAAGCUGAUAAGGAAUUUUUAGAUCUGUUCAGACAGUUUCCGCAGCUCGUCCGCUCAGCUGACGCUACUCUUCCGGUCGCAUCUAGCGUUACGCACCAUAUACGAACCCGUGGCCCACCGGUUUCUGCACGGCCACGACCUCUCGCCCCUGAUAAGCUAAAAGCCGCUAAGGCGGAAUUCGAGCACAUGCUCGAACUUGGUAUCAUCCGUCAUUUUCGUCCUUUUCUAGAGGGCAGAAGUUUUACCGUCUUUACUGACCACAAACCUUUAGUUUAUGCCCUCGACUCGUCAUCGACCUUAACGCAAUCUACAGGGCCACCUGUAACGACGCCCAGCUUUUCAGCUCCACCACAAUCCCAGUCACCAGAUUCGCCUCAAACUAAUACUAGUCACGGUAGAAGAGUUCGUAAACCUGUUCGUUUCUCCGAUUUUGUCGAAUUCAUCCACACCUCAUGAAUCUUUUUCAUUUUCUCUCAUCGUUUGUAUUAUGCUUUUCCGUAAAUAUCUGAAUCUGUCUCCCCGAGUUUCCCCCCCCCCCCAUCUAUCAGGUAAAGUCAUGAGGCUGGCACGUUUGGGUCCGUCCGUUCAAUGCUUGGCUGUUUCUCAAUGGUUUGGUCGUUUGGAUGCUUUGGUCUACCCCCAACGCUUUGUCGUCUCGCCGCCCACCUUGGCCUUUGGAUCGUGGUCUGCUUGACUCAAUUUGGCUCGCCUUGGUCGUUUGUCUGGCUCGCCUUCCUGGCUUUGGCUGCUCGUGUGCCUGGCUCGUUGUUUUGGCCCCCCACGGCUCGCCAGUACGAACAGGAUUUCAGCUUCGUUGUGGCAGUGGAUUGGAAUGCGGUGGGGGGAGUGACUCUCCCAAGCGCACCGUCUUUCAGCAGCGGUGAAAGGUCCUACCGGCCCUUUUUCUGGAUUAUCCAGUUUUUUUGUAGUCCGGUGUGCCCGCUGGGACGGCCCACCGAUGAUGCAUUCCAAUCCAUAAGAAGAUUAAAUAAUCCAAAUACAACCGAACUCCUGUGAUUCUGCCUUUAUACAUUGGCAAGCCAACAGCGAUCGAAGUCCUCGUCCCUCGGCCUUCUAGGGGGAGGCCUGUGUAGUGAUCAUGACAUUUUACCCCAUCAAACAUCACACUCAGACUUGUGCACAUUUUGUUUUACUUUGCACCCAUCCCAAGCCUAUAUAUACUGGACUGCAAUUUUGAAC